GUUUGUGUUGACAUGUUUUCAUGAUACUCGUCCUAACAGAGUUUUUAAUGUUCAGACGGGACGUCUUUAUUCAUUGACACCUGAUGUGAUGCAUCUCACUGUUAUAACAGUGUUUUGACGUGUCGUUCAGAGAUGAAGUUCAUCUGUGUGAUUUUACUGAUUAUUACUGGAAUUACACAAUCAGAUGAGUACGAGGUGAUCGGGCCUUCAGCUCCUGUGAUGACUGUAUCUGGUGAAGAUGUGAUUCUGCCGUGUUCUAUCAAACCCAACAUCAGUGCUGUGAACAUGAGAGUCGAGUGGAUCAGACUUGAUCUGAAAGACUCAAUAGUUCAUCUGUAUGAAGAUCAUAAAGACAUAAACACAGAUCAGCUUCAGUCGUACAGAGGAAGAACUCAAGUGUUUACAGAAGAACUAGAGAAAGGAAACACAUCACUCAAACUCUCAAGAGUCCAAAUCUCUGAUGAAGGACGUUACAAGUGUUUCAUUCAGUCUCAAUCCUGGAGUGAUGACAUCACUGUUCAGCUCAGAGUUGAAGCUGUAGGCAGUGUUCCGGUCAUCACUGUAGAUGGGUUUGAUGGAUCUGGUGGUCUUCAUCUACAGUGUGAAUCUAAAGGCUGGAAACCUGAACCUGAUCUUGUGUGGCUGAACAGUGAAGGAGUCACUUUAACAUCUGAAUCUCCAGACACACACAGAGAUGACACAGAUGGAUUCAGUGUGAAACACAUGAUCACUGUAUAUAACACCGACACUAAAUAUCACUGCAGAGUCAGAAUGAGACAUCACAUGAUGGAGGCUGAGAUCAUCACAUCCACUCAAAUGUUUCUCUCUUGGAGAUCUUCAGUGAUUCUGAUCUCCGUUGCUGUUGUUCUCAGUGUGAUCGCUGGAAUACUGAUCACUGUGUUUGUAUGUAAACAGAGAGAACUACAGAGAGAGAACCAGAAAGAGAACCAGAGAAUACACAGAGAGAACCAGAGAAUACAGAGAGAGAAACAGAGAGAGAAACAGAGAAUACAGAGAGAGAACCAGAGAAUACAGAGAGAGAACCAGAGAAUACAGAGAGAGAAACAGAGAAUACAGAAUGAAGACGAGAGAAUACAGAGA